GCUGUCACCACUACUGCCCGUUUCGAUCGACAGGAAGAGGGAAGAGACAAAAAGAGACGCAAGGGAGGGAGAGAGAGAGAAAGAGUCAACAACCAAGAAAGCUGUGGAAUCGACCCGAAGGCGUCGGUGGGGGCGGUGAUGUCUUCAUCUGCGAUUCCGCAGCAAACCAAGCAGUAGAUCCGGAGGCAGCUACGCCUGCAGGAGGGAGAAGGCAAGCAAGCGGCAGCGCCGUACGUCACGCCCCUCCCAGAUCUCGGGAUCCGCUUCGUUGUGUGGGUGCCACGACAAACUUGCUUCGGAUCCAAGUUGUCGUCAUCCUGCUCCAAGGCAAGCUUGCUUCGGAUCCAAGUCGCCGCUGCCAUGGCACCACUGCCAUGACCCCUGCUCGGAUCUCGCCAGCGGAUCCCUGCUCCCGGUUCCCCGAUGGACGCUGCUUCCCGGCCCGCGGUGGUCAUCGACAACGGCACCGGGUAUACCAAGAUGGGAUAUGCUGGCAAUGUUGAACCUUGCUUCAUCAUACCUACUGUAGUUGCUGUCAACGAGUCUUUUUCAAAUCAAUCAAGGAGCUCUGCUAAGGGAAAUUGGCUAGCACAGCAUAAUGCAAGUGUAAUGGCCGAUCUUGAUUUUUUAAUUGGGGAAGAAGCUUUAAUGCGUUCUCGGUUUAGUACGGCAUACAAUCUUAGUUACCCAAUUCGGAAUGGUCAGGUGGAGAAUUGGGAUGCAAUGGAAAGAUUUUGGCAACAAUGUAUCUUCAAUUACUUGCGCUGUGACCCAGAAGAUCAUUAUUUUCUUCUAACUGAGAGCCCACUUACUGCCCCUGAGAACCGUGAAUAUACUGGAGAAAUCAUGUUUGAGACAUUUAAUGUUCCUGGAUUGUAUAUAGCUGUUCAACCUGUCCUUGCCCUUGCUGCUGGAUACACUACUUCAAAGUGUGAAAUGACAGGGGUUGUUGUUGAUGUUGGAGAUGGUGCUACUCAUGUAGUUCCAGUUGCUGAUGGUUAUGUGAUAGGAAGUAGCAUCAAAUCAAUUCCUAUUGCAGGCAAGGAUGUUACUCAAUUUAUUCAGCAGCUUAUGAAGGAAAGAGGAGAACAUGUACCACCUGAAGACUCUUUGGAAGUAGCAAGAAAGGUCAAAGAAAUGUAUUGCUACACAUGCUCAGACAUUGUAAAGGAGUUCAAUAAACAUGACAGGUUGCCUGGCAAGUACACUAAGCAAUGGACUGGAGUUAAACCAAAGACUGGGGCAUCAUAUACCUGUGACAUUGGAUAUGAGCGCUUUCUUGGUCCUGAGAUCUUUUUCCAUCCUGAGAUUUAUGGUAGUGAUUUUAUUACUCCUUUACCUGUUGUCAUUGACAAAUGCAUUCAGUCAUCACCAAUUGACACCAGGAGAGCUUUGUAUAAGAAUAUAGUACUAUCUGGAGGAUCAACUAUGUUUAAGGACUUCCACAGGAGAUUGCAACGAGAUUUAAAGAAGAUUGUGGAUGCAAGGAUUGUGGCAUCUGCUGCUCGACUUGAUGGAGAUGUAAAAUCACAACCUAUUCAAGUUAAUGUCGUCAGUCAUCCUAUCCAGAGAUUUGCAGUUUGGUUUGGAGGUUCUAUACUGGCCUCUACUCCUGAAUUUUAUAGGGCUUGCCACACAAAAGCAGAGUAUGAUGAGUAUGGAGCAAGCAUAUGCAGAACCAAUCCUGUCUUCAAAGGCAUGCAUUGAAAUGCAAAGACAAAGUGCCUACACAAUCAAAGCUGAUUCUCCUCAUGCAAAGUUCUACAACAGCAUUGUUACAACGAUCAAGGGAACCCUUUGUUUGCUACAUACAUGGUAUGUUGUAUGAAUAGUCAACCUAAUUCCGAUGUUGUCAAUUCAUUACAUAGUCAUUUGUACGAGUUUCCCCAGACUAGAUGCAACAAAAAGUGACAAGAAAUCUGUUUGUUCUACAUAUAUGAACUAGUCUGAGCUGAAUGACCUUGUAGCUAAAGCUAAAUUAAGUCAGCAUGCCAUUUUUUGUGUAUAAAUUUGCGAGGAACUGUAAGCAACAAUGUUGACUGUCUAUAUUGUUGUAAACCGGUGUUUGUCUCGGCA